AUGCAAAGAGUUUCUCCAAAGGUGACCAUACAAAGGCUCCCACAUCCACCAAGGCCGCCGCCAUCAACCACAGCCGGAAGCAGGGUCGAGAGGAAUUUGAGUUGUCGAAAUGGUUAUCAAGUACCUCCUAGAUCUAAUUCUUUGUACACGUGUUCUACACAACAUGGUUCAAGGUCGGUAAGAGGUUUUUGGCACCAAGCAAAGGCAGCAGCACUUCCUUCUGAUAGGCUGAGGAGACGACAAGGGAAUAGAGAGAUCAUCAGAAGGGCCUUGGCACCGCCAUGUCACAGACCAAGCUGGAGGUGGUGGAAUUUUAGGCCAACACCAAGUCGUCUCUCUAAGAUGUCUAUGGUAUAA